AGCGAGUUCUUGAGUAUUUAAAGUGUCUCUGCAGGUUUGUGUUAUCAGUAUAAGAUGUUGUACCGGUUCCUCGGUAAGGAAGGUUCGGUUCUGAGCAGCAGUAUCGCGGUGUUUGGAGCUGAAUCACUCAGUACUGGACUGAUUAAUCAGUAUCGCGGUGUAUCAGGAACCAGAAACAGAACCAGUACAGCUGGAGAGGUUCGGGUUCGCUUUGCUCCCAGUCCCACUGGGUUUCUUCACCUGGGCGGUCUUCGUACGGCGCUCUAUAACUUCCUGUUUGCGAAGCAGCACGGCGGGACGUUUAUCCUGCGGCUGGAGGACACGGACCGAUCACGUAUAGUACCGGGAGCAGCGCAGGACAUCCAACACACACUGGAGUGGGCAGGUAUUCCUCCUGAUGAGAGCGCCUCCAGGGGGGGUCCGUAUGGUCCCUACGUUCAGUCUGAGAGAUUACGUUUAUAUUCUUCUGCUGUCCAGUCACUGCUGGAAUCAGGCCACGCCUACCACUGCUUCUGCACCAAUCAGAGACUAGAACUGCUCAAGAGGGAGGCACUGCGCAAAGGACAGACGCCACGGUAUGAUAACAGGUGUAGACACCUGCAUGCUAAUCAGGUGCAGGAGAAGCUAGGCCGGGGUGAACCCUACACUGUCCGUUUCCGGCUGCACCAGGGGGCGGAGCCGUUUGAGGACCUGGUUUUCGGUUGGACGGGGCACGCCGUGGGCGAGGUGGAGGGCGACCCUGUGAUUCUGAAGAACGACGGAUUUCCCACCUAUCACCUGGCCAACGUGGUGGACGACGCCCACAUGCGCGUGAGUCACGUGCUGCGCGGUGCAGAGUGGCUCACUUCUACUGGUAAACACCUACAGCUGUACCGCGCCCUGCGUCUGACCCCGCCCACCUUCGCCCACCUACCCCUCCUGCUGAACCCCGACGGAACUAAACUGUCUAAACGGCAGGGAGACGUCUACAUUUCUCACUACAGACAGCAGGGGGUGCUGCCAGAGGCGCUGCUCGACCUCAUCACGCACUGCGGCUCGGGAUUCAACAGUAAUCGUAUGGGCCGAAAGCAAGACGAACUGAUCGGUGAAUUUAAUGUGUCGAAGAUCGUAACACACUCUGCUGUACUCGCUCUCAACAAACUCCCAGAAUUCAACAGGAUUCACCUUCAGCAGCGUAUCGAGGAUGAGUCUCAGUGUCGCCUCCUGGUGGAGGAGUUAAAGAAUCUCAUCACACAAACCCUGGGAGAUCAGAUCGAGGAUCAGGAGGUUCUGCAGCGCGACUACAUCCAGAGAGUUCUGCACAUGAGAAAGGGUCACAUCACAUCAGUGAAGGACCUGCUCUCACCUGCGUACUCCUACCUGUGGCUCCGCCCAACCGUAUCCAGGCAACAGCUGGAGGAGACAAGCUCAGAAUCACAUGACAUCAUCACACUAGUUAUGCAGUGUAUUCGAGGGUGUGGUGGUAAAUUUUCGACUGAGUUUCUCACGUCAGAAUUGAAGCUCGUCGUCAAACAGCUGAAAAAAACGAAAUACAGUUCAGUCAUGAAACUACUGAGACUCGUACUGACCGGCCACCAGGGUCCGGCUGUAGGUGAGAUCAUGGUGACUCUGGGUGAAGACGAGGUUUGUUUGCGGUUACAGAAGCUCCUGAACUCUGAACUCUGAAUUUCACAAUAAAAAUCUUUUAUAAAAUAA